AUGUCUCGUCACUCUAAGUCACUUAGAGUUACUUUCAAGGGUAAAGAUAAUGAAGAUGAUGUAUCGACCCCCAGGAGGUCUCGAUUUUCUUCGAAGCCCAGAUAUAUUGUGGACAACGAAGAUUUGAGUAUGAAAGAGGAUGAUAAAGAUGAAGAAUAUGAGGAGGAAGAAGAAGAAGACUUGCAGAUGGGGCAGGGUGAUGCUGAAGAGGAAGAAGAGGAGGAAGACUUGCAAAUGGGACAGGGGGAUGCCGAAGAAGAAGAAGAAGAAGACGAGGAGGUUGGUGUUGGAGCUGAGGAGGAUGAAGAAGAAGGGGAGCAUGAAGGCUCCGAGACAAAUGAAGGUUCUAAACUGAAGAAUGAUCCUUCAAUAAAACUAUCCGAUAGUCAUAGACUAAUGAAGCCAAUUCCAACUCGUGGUAGGCCACCUAAGAGAAGGUUUGGUAGAAGUGCUUCUCCAGAUUUGUCAAAGGCGGGUGUAGGAUUUACCACAAGUAUACCAAGUAAUAGCAAGCGGCCACGCCUGCCUUACCCUGUGGACGACCAAGGGAGCCCAUUACCUGUUGUUAACGACGAAUACACACUUCCGGAUGAUUCCGAGGGGGAGGAAAAGAUUACGAAGGAUGGGGAUUUAUUGGGUGGGCGGCAGUUUCUAGUGCGUACGUUCACUCUAACUGGUAGAGGUCAAACCAAGUACAUGCUUUCUACAGAACCUGCCCGUGCAGUGGGUUUUCGAGAUUCAUAUCUAUUCUUUCAAUACCACCCGAACUUAUACAAGCUAGUAAUAUCGCAAGAGGAUAGAAACGAUUUGAUUGACCGUGGUGUUAUUCCUUAUUCUUAUAGAAGCAGGGCAAUCGCUCUGGUCACUGCAAGAAGCGUUUACAAGGAAUUUGGUGCCAAAAUUGUGGUCGAUGGUAAGAAUAUCACUGACGAUUACUAUGCCGCGAAACUGCGUACUGAAGGAAGGGUUGUUGAAGGAACGUACGCGAGGGAACCACUUGCGAAAGUACCCGGUAGAAGUGUAGAUGGCCUAGAUUUUUCAAUGUCUAACGUGAACCCAGCAAGGAUUGCCGUUGAAUUUUUUGAUAAAAAAAACCACAAUAUUGCCCCAGGAAGUAAUAUAAGCGCUACUAAUUGGCUGUAUCAACAUGCAGCUGCAUGUAGUAGGUUCAACAGUGAUCUAUUUUAUGACAGAGAGCGCGUCCUGCUAAUUGAAAACUUGGGCCUAAGAGACUCAUACACCAACACUCUACAUCUACCACAAUCAACCCAAUCUACAAAAGUGCUGGAUUUUCGAAAGGUUACUGCCAAAACAGACGAUAUCGUCUACUCAACCUACAUUAGAGACAACGACGUCGCCAGGAGGAAAACCGGCCCUUGCGGAUGUUCCAUUAGAGUUGUUCGAAGACAUUGUCAGCGAAGAGGUAAAAAAUGCUAUUAUACAACAGCAAGAGUUUGA